AUGAGCGGCGUAGGGGUUAUAAAUAAAGAAACAGUUCAGAUCGCUAAUCAAUACCGGAAGAAUUGGCAAAAACAACAUCCAGAAGCCUUCUUACCAGCGACAUUGACUCUCUAUCCAUCUGAUCCGUCUUGGCCAGCCUUUCAAAAAUCGCCUCUCUACAAAACCGUGAUGUGGACGUGUAAGGGAACUGGGAAGACUGUGGCAUCCAUAAGCAUACCGGGGUCUCCAAAGGGAACUAUGUGGUGCCACUUAGAAUAA